CACACUAAAUAUUCCCCGUAUCUGACUAGCCUGUGAAUGAAGUUGCGAGGUUUCGCUACUGCUCAGGUCUUGACGGGCUAACUGUACGCACCCCGACCAUGGCUAUGGACUAUGACGGGCUAUGUCCCAUAGAGCCUUGAAGGGUUGUUCAUGGGCGCAUCUGGUCUCAAGAUUGCUAGUACCAGUCCUCACCUCUGCCAUCCACGAUCCAACCCAAUUGUUUCUAGAGCUCAAAGUCCCAUAUCUAUCGUUCUCUAACUAUUUUCUUCUCCAGACUGUCGUGCGUACAGACCUAUUUACCUCCCCUACAGCCGAACAAGUCUCAAUCAACGCAUACACCUCCUCUCCAUCCGAUAUCAUCUUCUUCACAUGGGGUGCCUUAAUCUACCCUCCAUCUUCUCGACUUGCCACCAGCCCCUCUCACACUACUCAUACUUCCCUAUGCGGCACCAGCAUCAAACUGAUCGAUCGUUUGUGUUCUCGAUCACAGGAAGGGUCAGAGGGACGGGAUGUGAUUUGCGAUGCAUGUAGAAGCUAGCAGCGAUAGUAGAAACGACAUAAUGUGCGGCUGUGCUUUAGUACAAAUCGGAGUAUCAGUAAAAUCCGAUUGGUACGUGACGAAGUGAACUGAAUAAGCC